ACAGCUGAAGGAAAGUUAAGGAGUUUGACACAAAAUCUUUCCUCUCACAAAUUUCUCUUUUUGGUCAUACUUGAAGACACUUCAGAUAAAAUGGAAACAGCUGUGACUCAUUUCAUCCUCCUGGCAGUCAUCUCAGGUGUAACCAAAGGAAGUGGUGUGUUGCCAGAUGAACUGAAUGCAGCUGUUGGAGGUGAAGUGAUGUUCACGACAACAGUGACUCCACCAGAAACACCAUUUCUGGUAGUGAUCUGGAGUUGUUUUAUAAACAGUGUAGACACAACUGUAAUAACCUCCAGUUCUUCAGACAUCACUGCACCAGAGUAUGAAGGCAGGAUCAUCCUCGACAGAUCUACUGGAUCUCUGAAGCUCAUGGAUCUGACUCUUAAUGACAUUGGAGUGUACAGCGUUACUAUUAUACCAGAUGGAGGACAAACGACAUCAGGAUCCACUGAACUGAAGAUACUCGAGCCAGUCUCCAAUGUAAAGAUAACUGCCAACAGCUCAGACUUGGUGGAGUUCAACAGCUCUGUCAGUCUGUCCUGCUCUUCUUCUGGAUCCUCUCCUUCUUUCCUCUGGAUGAACGGCAGCUCUGAGGUUACAGCCAGUGAGAGAGUUCAGUUCACUAAUGGAGGCCGUACUCUCACUAUCAUCAGUGUGACCCGCUAUGAUCAGGGACCAUACAGCUGCAGAGUGUCCAAUGCUGUCAGUGGUCCUGUCAACAGUGAUCCAGUAAAUCUUUCCAUCAGCUAUGGCCCAGAAAACAUUAUUUUGAAGUUAUCUCCAUCUGAAGACCACUAUGUGGAAGGGUCAACCAUCAGACUGUCCUGCUCAGCUGUCUCCAGACCUUCUGCUCAGUUUCAGUGGUUUCUGAAUGGAGGCCUGCUGUCUGAUACUGGACCAGAACUCACACUGAUGAAUAUUCAGAUGAGUCAGAGUGGGGACUACAGCUGUCAGGCCUUUAACAGCAAAACUCUGAGAUAUCAAACAUCUCAGCCUUCAGCUGUAACUGUACUGGAGCGUGUCUCCAAUGUGAAGGUAACUGCCAGCAGCACAGAGUUAAUUGAGUUUAACAGCUCUGUCAGUCUGUCCUGCUCCUCGUUUGGCUUUUCUCCUUCUUUCCUCUGGAUGAACGGCAGCUCUGAGGUUACAGCCAGUGAGAGAGUUCAGCUCACUGAUGGAGGCCGUACUCUCACUAUAGUCAAUGUGACCCGCUAUGAUCAGGGACCAUUCAGAUGUCAUGUGUCCAAUCCUGUCAGUGAUGGCACCAGCGAUCCAGUAGAAAUCUCCAUCAGCUUUGGCCCAGAAAACAUCAUUUUGAAGUUAUCUCCAUCUGAAGACCACUAUGUGGAAGGGUCAACCAUCAGACUGUCCUGCUCAGCUGUCUCCAGACCUUCUGCUCAGUUUCAGUGGUUUCUGAAUGGAGACCUGCUGUCUGAUACUGGACCAGAACUCACACUGAUGAAUAUUGAGGGGAGUCAGAGUGGGGACUACAGCUGUCAGGCCUUUAACAACAAAACUCUGAGAUAUCAAACAUCUCAGCCUUCAGCUAUAACUGUACUGGAAACAGAGUUAAAUGUGUAUGAGAACUGUUCGGUCACUUGCUCUUCCUCAUGUGUCACCGGUCCUGUUGUCUUCCCUGAUUCCCGAUCGUGUCCACCUGUUCCCCAUUACCCUCAUGUGUUUUAUACUCUGCGUCUUCCCUUGUCUUGUGCCAGAGUGUCUCGUUCUGUCGUGCACCCCAGCCAGUCUCCACAGUCCAUGUUGUUCCUCAGCCUUGUAAUUCUAAUGUCACAUUUCCUGCCUUGA